AUGCAGUCCCUCUGCAGCCUGCCCAUUGUGCGGUACCAGGAACAGCAGGAGGAGGACGGGCUGGAGGACAUGACCCAGCUGGAGGACCUCCAGGAAGCCGCUGUGCUGAGCAACAUCCGGACACGGUUCGAACGCCAGCUCAUCUAUACCUACAUCGGCAGCAUCCUGGUUUCGGUCAAUCCCUAUCGGCUGUACAACAUCUACGGGACGGAGCAGGUGCUGCAGUACGAGGGCAGGGCCCUGGGCGAGAACCCGCCGCACCUCUUUGCGAUUGCAAACGUCGCCUACACUAAAAUGAUGGAUGCCAAACACAACCAGUGUAUCGUCAUCAGCGGGGAGAGUGGCUCAGGGAAGACAGAAGCCACCAAGCUGAUCCUGCGCUACCUGGCAGCCGUCAGUCAGAAACGCAGCACAGCUCAGCAGAUAGAGAUCUUGGAGGCAACCCCCUUGCUGGAAUCCUUCGGCAAUGCCAAAACCGUGAGGAAUGACAAUUCCAGCAGGUUUGGGAAAUUUGUGGAAAUCUUUCUGGAAGACGGCUUGAUUUGUGGUGCCAUAACCUCGCAGUACCUGCUGGAGAAAUCCCGCGUGGUGUUUCAGGCCAAAAAUGAGCGCAACUACCACAUCUUCUAUGAGAUGCUGGCCGGCCUCCCUGCCCAGCAGCGGCAGAAAUACUGCCUCCAGGACGCAGAGACCUACUACUACCUGAACCAGGGCGGGAACUGUGAGAUCCCUGGCAAGGACGAUGCUGAGGAUUUCCGGCGGCUGCUCAAUACCAUGGAGGUCCUGAGCUUCAGCGUUGAGGAACAGAACAGCAUCUUCCGCAUCCUGUCCUCCAUCCUCCACCUGGGCAACGUCUACUUCGAAAAAUACGAGACGGACUGCCAGGAGGUCGCAACAGUGGUGAGCGCGACGGAGAUCCAGACCGUGGCUGAGCUGCUGCAGAUCUCCCCCGAGGGCCUGCAGAAAGCCAUCACCUUCAAGGUGACGGAAACACUGCGGGAGAAGAUUUUUACCCCCCUCACUGUCGAAAGUGCAGUGGAUGCCAGGGACGCCAUUGCCAAGAUCCUCUAUUCCCUGCUCUUUGGCUGGCUCACGGACCGCAUCAACAAGCUUGUAUACCCCAGGCAGGAGUCCCUCUCCAUCGCCAUCCUGGAUAUCUAUGGGUUCGAGGAUCUCAAUUUCAACAGCUUCGAGCAGUUAUGCAUCAACUACGCCAACGAGUACCUGCAGUUCUUCUUCAACAAGAUCGUCUUCCAGGAGGAGCAGGAGGAGUACCUCCGGGAGCAGAUCGAGUGGAAGGAAAUCCCCUUCAGCGACAACCAGCCCUGCAUUGACCUCAUCUCCCAAAAGCCCUAUGGCAUCCUCCGCAUCCUCGACGACCAGAGCUGCUUUCCCCAGGCUACAGACCACACUUUCCUCCAGAAGUGUCACUACCACCAUGGAAUGAACCCGCUGUACACCAAGCCGAAGAUGCCACUGCCAGAGUUCACCAUCAAACACUAUGCAGGGAAGGUGACCUACCAGGUGCACAAAUUUUUGGAUAAAAACUAUGACCAGGUGCGGCAGGAUGUUCUGGACCUGUUCAUCAGCAGCAGGACCAAGGUGGUGGCCAACCUCUUCUUCGGCCAUGCCCAGGUGAUGGCGCGGCAGAAGAGCCUGGUGGGGAGGAACAGCACCAGGACGCGGCGCUACAAGGCCCCCACUGUAGCUGCCAGGUUCCAGCAGUCGCUCCUGGACCUGGUGGAGAAGAUGGAGAGGUGCAACCCCUUCUUCGUGCGCUGCCUCAAACCCAACAACAAGAAGGAGCCAGGGCUCUUCGAGGCCGACGUUGUCAGCGUCCAGCUCCGCUACUCGGGCAUCCUGGAGACCAUCCGCAUCCGGAAGGAGGGCUUCCCCAUCCGCAUCCCCUUCCUUGUCUUCAUCGACAGGUACCGCUGCCUUGUCGACAUGUGGUCCAACGUCAUUCCCAAUGGGACCAACUGCGUGGAGAUGCUGAGGAACCUCUGCGCUGUCACCCCCAGCAUGUACUACGUUGGUGUGAGCAAGCUCUUCCUCAAGGAGCAGCUGUACCAGGCACUGGAAAGCAAGCAUGCCCGUGCCCAGCACCUGGCGGCGCUCACCCUGCAGCGCUACGCCCGCACCUUCUUCAUCAAGAGACGCUUCCGCUCCCUGCGCCGCAAGAUCGUCCUCCUGCAGAGCCGGGCCCGUGGCUACCUCGCCAGGCAGCGGUACCGGCGCAUGAGGCACACGCUCAUCAGGUUCAGGUCGCUGGUGCACAUCUACGUGAACCGCCGGCGGUACCUCAAGGAGCUGACGAGGAGGGAGGUGGUGGAUGUGACGCACCUGGAGAUCCCCGCCGAGCUCAUGGGGCUGCUGGAGGCCGCGAUCCUGCGCUUCAUGGGCGACCCGGGGCUGGGCGGCCCGCAGGAGACCCUCUUCGGUGACAGGUUCUCCUGCCCCGUCCAUUCCUGGAGCACCGGCGAGGACCUGGCAGGGGACAUCCUAAAGCACAGGUACCUGUUGGCUUGA